AAUUGAUUAGAAGAAAUGGUUGGAAUAUGCAUCAGUGUUUUCCGGGAGAAAUCACGGCGCCGGCGGCCUCUCCUCGCCACCGGCCUCUUCUUGAACUCAUCUCGUCAGUCUCAGAGCAGCGAAGUCUCCAUUACCACUAACACAUAACAGAGACGCGUCCUCUUAGAUACAUGUAAAUUGGAAAUCGCCGUCAUCUUCUUAAUUUUGUCCAAUUGCAGCCACCAUUUGCAAUCGCCAUGCUUUAUUCUUCCUUUUUCAUUCACAAGCAUCUAAAUCUCUCUCUGUUCAAACUCAAAUCAUCGAUAGCUGCUGCAAAUAUCACCUUGCAGCUCACUCGACGAGCUCUCCGUCGGAAGUCUUUUUCACUAUCUUCUAUUUCUUCAUCCAUUCUGAAGAAUAAGAGAAAUGCCUUUUCUCCUAUCAAAUUUCAGCAAGAAUUUCUUUAUCGCCGGUUUACAUCCAAUCGAGAAUUUGACUCUCAAAGCUUGUAUGGUUCGACCUUGGAUAAUGUAGAAGAGUGGAAAUUGAAGUUAACUAUGCUUAUGCGCAAUGCAAAUGAACAAGAAGUUAUUUCUAGAGAUAGGAAAGAUAGACGUGAUUUUGAGCAAAUCUCAGCUCUGGCUACUAGAAUGGGUCUUUAUUGUCGUGAAUAUGCAGAAGAAGUUGUUUUCAGCAAGGUCCAAUUGCCAAAUUACAGACCUGAUCUGGACCAUAAACGUCCUCAAAGAGAGGUUGUCUUACCUUACGGUUUAGAAAGGGAGAUAGACGCUCAUUUGAAAGAGUAUAACUAUAGCAAAAAUAUGGAGAUGGACGAAAUUGGAGAUAAUGCCUUUUCAAGCAGUCCUGUCAGCAUUGGUUCUAAUGAAUUAAAUGAGCAAGAAGAGCCUUCAACACAAAACAAAGUUAUAUUGGAGAGAAUUCUUAGAAGGAGAAGCUUGCAACUACGUGACAAGCAGCUAGAAUGGAAGGAAUCUUCAGAAGGUCAGAAGUUGCUCCAGUUCCGUCAAAGCCUUCCUGCUUAUAAGAAGAGAGAUACAUUGUUGAGUGCUAUUUCACAAAAUCAGGUGGUGGUUGUUUCAGGUGAAACAGGUUGUGGUAAGACCACACAGCUUCCACAAUACAUCCUAGAAUCUGAAAUUGAUGCUGCUCGUGGAGCUAUCAGUAAUAUAGUUUGUACCCAGCCUAGGCGAAUAUCAGCUAUGUCUGUUUCUGAGAGAGUAGCAGCAGAACGAGGGGAGAGCUUAGGGGGAUUGGUUGGUUAUAAAGUUCGGCUGGAGGGAAUGAAAGGAAGGGAUACUCGCCUUCUAUUUUGCACAACAGGGAUAUUAUUAAGGAGGUUACUUGUUGACAGAAAUUUGAAUGGGGUAACUCAUGUAAUUGUUGACGAGAUACAUGAACGAGGGAUGAAUGAAGACUUUCUUCUCAUCGUCCUGAAGGAUCUACUAGUUCGACGGCCAGAAUUAAGAUUGAUUCUGAUGAGCGCAACACUAAAUGCAGAGCUUUUUUCUUCAUACUUCAGUGGCGCUCCUAUGAUUCAUAUUCCUGGCUUUACCUAUCCUGUUCGGAGUCAUUUCCUAGAGAGCAUUUUGGAAACAACUGGAUAUAAGCUGACUCCUUACAAUCAGCUUGAUAAUUAUGGUCAAGAAAAGUCAUGGAAAUUGCAAAAGCAAGCUCUCAGAAAGGGGAAGAGCCAAAUUGCUUCAGCAGUGGAGGAAGCACUUGAAGCUGCUGAUUUUAGGGAAUGCAGCUCACGAACUCGGGAGUCUUUAGCCUGUUGGAAUCCCGAUUCAAUUGGCUUUAACCUCAUUGAGCAUGUACUUUGCCAUAUUGCUAGAAAAGAGAGACCUGGUGCUGUUUUGGUAUUUAUGACCGGCUGGGAUGAUAUAAGUUCUUUAAAAGAGCAGCUCCAGUCUCAUCCACUUCUAGGAGAUCCAAGAAGAGUGUUGUUGCUUGCAUGCCAUGGUUCAAUGGCCAGCUCAGAGCAGAGGCUAAUAUUUGAUAAACCUGAAGACGGGGUGAGGAAAAUUGUCUUGGCCACUAAUAUGGCGGAAACCAGUAUCACAAUUAAUGACGUGGUUUUCGUUGUUGAUUGUGGAAAGGCAAAGGAGACUUCAUAUGAUGCUUUGAAUAACACACCAUGUUUGCUCCCAUCAUGGAUCUCAAAGGCUUCAGCUCAGCAGAGACGAGGGAGAGCUGGUCGUGUUCAACCAGGCGAGUGUUACCAUCUCUAUCCCCUUUGUGUAUAUGAGUCAUUAGCUGACUAUCAACUCCCUGAACUUCUGAGGACACCCCUGCAGUCCCUUUGUUUGCAAAUUAAAAGCUUGAAAUUGGGGAGUAUUUCCGAGUUCCUAUCUAGGGCUUUGCAAUCACCGGAACCUUUAUCUGUUCAAAAUGCUAUUGAGUACUUGAAAAUCAUUGGGGCAUUGGAUGAGGAUGAAAAUCUGACCAUGUUAGGACAAAACUUAUCUAUGCUUCCAGUGGAGCCCAAGCUAGGGAAAAUGCUAUUAUUAGGGGCUAUUUUCAACUGUCUUGAUCCCAUAAUGACGGUUGUUGCUGGUCUAAGCGUUAGGGAUCCUUUCUUGAUGCCUUUUGACAGGAAGGAACUUGCAGAGUCUAUGAAGGCACAAUUCUCUGCUAAUGAUUUCAGUGACCAUUUUGCACUUGUUCGGGCUUAUGAAGGGUGGAAAGUUGCUGAAAGAAAGCAUUCUGGCUAUGAGUACUGCUGGAGAAAUUUUCUUUCUGCACAAAUCAUGAAGGCCAUUGAUUCUCUUCGGAAGCAGUUCUUCAAUCUUCUUAAGGACGCAGGUUUUAUUGAUAAUAGCACGGAAACUUGCAAUACAUGGAGUCGUGAUGAGCAUCUUGUUCGUGCUGUUAUCUGCUCAGGUCUUUUCCCUGGCAUAUGUUCCGUUGUGAACAAAGCAAAGUAUAUUAAACUGAAAACAAUGGAAGAUGGGCAAGUACUCCUACACUCUAAUUCCGUGAAUGCUCAAGCGGAAAAAAUUCCAUAUCCAUGGUUAGUUUUCAGUGAAAAAGUUAAGACGAAUGCUGUAUUUCUACGAGAUUCAACAGCGGUAUCAGAUUCAGUAGUUCUCUUAUUUGGAGGAAAAAUUGCUAGUGGGGGCUUGGAUGGACACUUGAAAAUGUUUGGGGGAUAUUUGGAGUUUCUCAUGACACCUGCCUUAUCAACCACAUAUUUGAGGUUGAAGAAAGAGCUUGAUGAAGUUAUCCAAAUGAAACUUCAUAAUCCCAAGUUGGAGAUGCAAAGCCACAACAAGCUUCUGUCAAUAGUAAGAUCAUUAAUUUCAGAGGAUCGGUGUGAGGGUAAAUUUGUGUUCAGUCGCAAGCCACUUGCACCGUCAGAAAAGGGUAAAUCCGAUGCUCUUAUGUGUACACCAUUAAAAGGUGCACUUGAAAAUUCCAAGACUCGAUUACAGAAAUUGCUUGAAAGGGCAGGACAUGGACCGCCUACAUACAAGACAAUUCCAGCGAAAAUGAGUAAAUUUCGAUCCAGUUUAAUCUUAAAAGGACUUAAUUUUGUUGGUCAGCCAUGCAACAAUAAGAAACAAGCUGAGAAGGAUGUAGCUUCUCAGGCUUUAGUAUGGUUCAUGGGUGAAACUCAAUCAUCUGAUGUGAUUGUUAAUCAUAUGUCAACUCUUUUGAGUAAGACUGGAAAACGUAGGUCCAUGCCAGAAGAUCGAGACGACUAAAAUAGAUAUAAAGAUCGGUAUUCACUAUUCAACCAAAUAGUUUGGGGUACAAUAGGCUUUUUCGCAAAACAAAACAAAAUAGAAGGUCCAGGCUGUUGUCAAGCUUGACAACCCAAUUUGGCGAAGUUAUUGCCUUGAUGAUUUGGGUUUUUUUUUUUUUUAAAUCGAGCAAUAACCAAAAGAGGCAAAUAUUUGUUUUUGUAGUUUUUGGUCGAGGAUUUUA